AGUCUACCUAAGAGCGUGCAACUUGUAACAUUAAUUUUGUUCAACGUUAAAAACUUGCAAACUAGUACAAAUUUCCAUUGAAGAUGGCCCAGCAGGGCCAGGGAGGCAGGCCCGGGGGAGGACCGCCAGGACCUCCUCCGCCCCGCCCGCCGAAAACGCCCCCGGGUACGUCGCCGCGAGGAACGCCAGUGGGCGUCACUCCGGGCGAUGUGACUCCAGCUCGAGGACCUCCGCCUCCACCGGCGACAAAACGCGUCUCUAUAGGGAUCGGAUCGGAAAAGCCGGCUUCCGGCAGGGCCGCCCGUACCGCCCCACCUUCAACAGCAGACUCUCCAGUGUCACCCUCGGCAACUCCCGGUAAACCGACCAGAGACCAGGCCCCAUCGUCAUCGCCUAGGACCAGUGUUCGCGAUCCUGGCCCAUCGUCAUCCCCUGGAAAACCGAUUAAAGAAACUCCCCGAACAAGUCUUCAGGACCCCGGUGCGGGGACAUCUGCCAAAACAACUGUUCGGGAUGCAGGUCCGUCGUCUUCUCCCCGGGUAAGUGUCCCAGUCUCUGGUGCAGCGACCCUUAGGCCAUCUAGUGCUCAGGAUCCAGGGACUAGACGAUCAAGCCUUGAUGCUGCAACUCGGAUAACUUUUCAGGAAGCAAAACCAUCGACAUCUGCUAAGGCUGGACCAUCAACAGCUGUCAGUGCUGCCAAGCCAGCAGCCUCCGAGUCCGACGCAGCUAAGCCUUCUUUAAAAGAUAGACUGAACAUAUUUAAAAGAAAAAAGGAAGACGAGAGCCCGGAAACGUCAUCACCAGCGACCCGUGAGCAGAGGGCUCCGUCGGUAACGGGGCCCUCGGCACUACAGAACAGGGCCAAAACGAACCGCAUCCUCUACACCACCGAUGAGGAGGUGCGGGAAGCUCUCAUUGAGUUUUCCGUCUUCAUCAUUUUUCUGAUACUAACUUCACUAGUCGUUUUGUCUGUCCGCCACUCAUAUAUGUUCUACUUUAACGACACGAUGAAGAAACUCUUUACCACACGAGAACUUGUUGUGGCUCCUUCGGUCACCGUGUGCUUUGAAAAGCUGAUAACGGUGCCGGAUUGGUGGGACUACCUGAUAUAUAACUUUCUGAUAACACUCCAUGGCGAUAUGACAUUUUUGGACGGCCAACCAACGGGUAAUGAUACGCAAAAUAAUACACCGAAGAAUCCACCAAACGAGGAAUCGCCAGAGGAGUUGCCAGAAGAACCGCCAGAUGAGUUGCCAGAGGAGUCUCCUGAGGCGGAUAGGUUACAAGAGAGAUUCCAAUACCGAGCGAGUCCGAACGAAGACUGGGAGCCGCGCGGCAGACCUAUUCGGCAGGCGGUACCAGAACAGACCGUCGGGGACGGCACCGAAGAUGUCGAAAAUCCCGCGCAAAACAUUACAAAUUCUCAUCAUUUGGAGGGACGAGUCUUCCUAUACGAGAACCUGCUCCUGGGACCGCCGCGUCUUCGGCAGAUUCGUGUGCGGAAGGAAAGCUGCUACGUGAACGACGCCUUUAUCCGGUACUUCAACACCUGCUAUGCGGCCUAUUCCUCCGGGGCGGAGGAGCGCAAGGCGAUGUACAAGGGUUCGCCCUACCGGACCAUGAACGACCUAGAUUCUACGCCCAUCUGGACAGUACUUGCUUUCUACCGCUCUGGCGGUUACACGGUGGACUUGGAGUACGACAAAGAUAAGAACCUGAAGAUCAUCAGCGAUCUAAAGGAAAUUCACUGGCUCGACAGGGGCUCGCGCCUCUGUCUGGUUGAGUUUAAUUUGUAUAAUGAAAAUACGGACAUCUUUCAGAGCGUCAAGUUGAUUGCGGAAAUUCCGCCCACGGGUGGUGUCAUACCCCAGGCCCACUUGCAAACGGUGAAGCAGUAUUCCUUCUUCACGGACCGCAGCAUGGUUAUGACUGUUAUAUACAUCUUCUGGUACAUUAUGAUUAUUUACUACACAAUUUAUGAAAUCACUGAAAUGCGCAAAUCAGGUGUCAAAAUUUACUUCUUUUCCAUGCUAAACAUUCUUGAUUGUGCCAUAUUGCUGGGUUGCUACCUUGCCCUAGUGUACAAUAUUUGGCAUACUUUUAAAGUGAUAUCCGUCACGACCAAAGCGCAAGUGGAACUGACUUACCAAAGCCUGGAUGUUCUUUGCUUCUGGAACAUUAUUUAUGUGGAUAUGAUGGCCAUUUUGGCCUUCCUCGUGUGGAUAAAAAUAUUUAAGUUCAUUAGUUUCAACAAGACACUCGUGCAGUUUACAACGACACUGAAAAGGUGCUCCAAGGACUUGGCAGGCUUCAGUUUAAUGUUUGGCAUCGUCUUUCUGGCCUAUGCCCAGUUGGGUCUUCUUUUGUUUGGCACUAAGCACCCGGACUUCCGUAAUUUUAUUACCUCCAUUUUGACCAUGAUAAGGAUGAUUCUGGGCGACUUUCAGUACAAUCUCAUCGAGCAAGCCAAUCGAGUUCUGGGUCCCAUUUAUUUCCUCACCUACAUCCUGCUGGUGUUUUUCAUUUUGUUGAACAUGUUCCUGGCCAUUAUUAUGGAGACCUACAACACGGUGAAAGGCGAAAUCACCCAGGGGCGCAGUCACUUGGGCUCCUACAUCUAUAGGAAACUGGCGGGUAUGCUCUACUGGAUCACCCACUGCGGGCGAAAGAGGCGACCUGAACCGCAGAGAACCGAUGACGACGACAAGGAGGCGGAGCAGGACGCCAGUGCCGCCCAGGAAGAGCCCCAGGAGAUGAGAAAGAACAUGACACCUGCGGAACAAAAAUACUUUCAGGAUAUUCCUCCAGGAGAAAACCAAGAUAUGGUUCGCCUGAAUAACCGUGUUGGUCUGCUAGAGGAAAUUCUCGAGAGGCUGAUCACCAAUAUGGAUGACAUUCUAAAACGAGUUGAGAAAGAGCGCCAUGCGAAAAAGAAAUAGGGAUCUGUAUAUUUCAAGAAACUGGUUGUUCAUUAAUUUUAUUUGAGUUCUUGUUCUGCUAGAAUAUACAUAAUACGCCAGUUGAUAAGAUUAAAUAUAGACAAACAUUAUAACCCUUCUAGAA